AUGCUGCAUUCUGAUGCACUUUUUUCUAUGAUCGUCAAUCAGGUCCAUGGUGCAUGGCUUCCACCUUGGCUUGCGGUUAAUUUGAUGCGUUAUCAGUCUUUUGUCGAGACACAUUGGAGAGUACAUGGAAGACCUGCUGUGGUUGAUACGGCAUUGCAAAUGGCUAUGGAGAAAAAGGCCCAGGCUGAAAAGUGGGCUGAACCCCACUUGAAAACAAUAAAAUCUAAAUGGAUCCCAGCCGUAAAGGAACAGUGGUUAAUGAUAAUCACUAAAGCUGAGCCACAUGUGCAAUCAUUAACUGCAAAAACCCUUGAGGUUUACAAGACAUCUAAGAGUGCUGUAACUCCACAUGUAAUCAAAAUACAGGAACUUGUUGAUCCUUACUUGCAGGAAAUUAAGAAAUUCAGCAAGCCAUACAUUGAUCAGGUUGCGACUGCAACAAAACCUCAUGUUCAGAAGCUUCAGGGUGCUUUGAAGCCUUAUUCAAAAAAGGUUGUUCAUGCUUAUGGGAAGUUCCUUGAAUCUGCAACUGUGUACCAUCACCAGGUUCAAGGCACUGUCCAAGAAACACUCAAAAAGCAUGAGCUCACAAGGCCUCUUGCUACAAAGGAGUUGGUGUGGUUUGCCGCCUCUGCUUUGUUAGCUCUGCCCAUCAUCAUUCUGUCAAGAAUUUGUUCUGCCAUCUUCUGUCAAAAGGCGAAGAACCCCAAUCGAAAUGGUAAUUCAAACCAUGCACGGCGUAAGGCUAAAAGGGGACAUCCAGACAAGUAGUUGCAGGAACUUAAUAGUUUUUUCGUGCCCAAUAAGGUAUGCUUACAAGUUUCAAAGAGCGUGUUUAAAGCUCUAGGGAGACUCUAUGUACCUGGCCAUAUGUCAAUUGAUGUAUGCUUACAUAGACAAUUAUGCUUGUUUUUAUCCCACCAAUUGUAAACUCAAAAGCUUGGUCUAAAAUUCAUAAAAAAAUUAGCUAUUUAUGAUUACAUUUAGAAUAUGAAGUUUUAAUUAGAGUUUGGAAAGGGAAGAGAUAAUAAGAGAAGAAUAGACAAACAACUGUAAAAUGUAGUGUGUUAAGGUAUACUACACCCCAACUUAUAUAUAUAAGCUGAAAGUACAAGAAUACCCUCAAGUUAAAAAUAAAGCAUAACUAACAAUAACUAACACUCUCCUUCAAAAUGGUGCAUAUGCAAAAUCUCGCUACUAAGUCCCUUGGUGAAAACAUAACCAAUUCAUUCUCCGAUUUCAGAAAAGGCAUGCAAAUCAAAUCAUUGUUCAACUCUUUGAUAAAGUGUCGGUCAAUCUCAACAUGUUUGGUUUUAUCAUGUUGAACUGGAUUAUGAGAAUAUUGAUAACAACCUUAUUAUCAUAGUAUAGUCUCAUAACAAGGUUUUUUGCUUCGUCAAGGAACAAGGUUUCCUCCUAUCAAAGUGUAGUGGCUUUAAGUACUCUUUGCCCAUCAUCCACAAAACCUACCUAGUCUACAUUGAUAAAUGCUUCUAACUUCAAAUGUCAUGUUUGGAGGAUAGAAUCCCUUUUCUUGGAGUUGACUUGAGAUACUUCGAAAUACAAUAAACAGUUUCAAGAUAAGGAGUUUGACGAUCAUGCAUGAACUGGCUGACAAUACCCACUACAUAAGCAAUAUUUGGACAACUACGAGAGAGAUAUAUCAAUCUCCCCACUAAUAUUAGAUGUCUCUCCUUAUCAACUACGUCACUAACUUCAUUACUUAAUUGAUGAAUGACUUCAAUGGGAUAAUCUGUAGAUUUAAAUUCCAAUAUGCCUGUUUCUUCAAGAAGGUUAAGUACAUAAUUUCUCUGGGAGAUAAAAAUACCUUUAUCUAAUCUAGCAACCACAAUUCCAAGAAAGUAUUUCAAUAGAACCAAGUUUUUGAUUUCAAACUCCUUAGCCAA